UUAUUAAAUCUGACUUGUAAUCAACAAAUGUUUUGGAUGCACUGAUUUACUUUUUUAAGCCCUGGUUUUUUAUUUUCUUAUUUUUACCGCACAUUUUGCAAAAAGGAAAUCAACUAACAGACACUCUUAGUUUCCUAAGUAGGAAGUAUUAAAAAUUCGUGCAAUUUUUUUCAUUGACAGUUGAAAUAUACUUUUUAAAAGUAAUGUUAAUUUCUAGUGAUAAAUCACACUGAAUUUUACCAUGGAUGAUCGCUGGCAAAUUUUUUUUGAGAAAUUUCCAGAUACAGUGACUACUGAACAGUUGCCGGUAAAAUUACCUAGAUUUGACUUGGAUUUAUGUGAUUUAGCUGGAGCUGCAGCCGACUGGUGUAAUCAGUAUUUGAAAGACAGAAAAUGCCCCUAUGAUCUUAUUACAUUUUUAACUCAGAAAACCAUUAACAAUUUAAGAGUACAAUGGGCAGUAGAUCGGAAAUUAUUUGGAUAUAGAUCUGAAAAAGAAGAUUAUCAAGCAUUAUGGUUAAUGCAACGGGUAAUUGCUGAAUUAAAUGAAGUUUGUUUGAAUCAUGCUACAAUUAUUCCAUAUCAUCAACCCAUAUCAUUUCCUAUUUGGUGGUCAUCAUUUGUUUUAAAAAAUGCUAGACGACAAAUGGAAGAUUAUAUAUCAGUUAUUCCUUAUCUACACACAUUGUUUGAAGUUAAAUAUGUGCAACAGGAUUAUGGUGAAGCUUCUUUUUAUGCAGUUUAUGAUGGUCAUAAUGGUUUAGAUGCUGCUGUUUAUAGUUCCAUGUAUUUACAUCAACAUUUAGUACAGUCAAUGCAUUAUCCUGCUGAUCCUGAAAAAGCCCUAUAUGAAGCAUUUUUCACUACAGAUAAUGGUUUUACUCAAAAAACUGAAAAAUAUAAUUUAGUCAGUGGAACAACUGCUGUUUGUGCAUUACAUAGACCUCAAGAGAAAAAACUUUUUGUGGGUUGGGUUGGUGAUUCAAUUGCAACUCUAUGGAAGAAUGGAACUCCUUUAUGUUUAGUAAAUAAACAUGUUCCUGAAAGACAUGAUGAAACUCAAAGAAUUGAAAACGAAGGCGGAAUAGUUUCUAAAUGUCAAGGUAUUUGGCGUGUUGAUGGUCAAUUGGCAGUAUCCAGAGCUAUUGGAGAUGUCAAGUAUAAGCCACAUAUUACAUGUCAACCAGAAAUGAGAACAUUAGUUUUAGAUGGGAAUGAAGAAUUUCUAGUUUUGUGUAGUGAUGGCCUUUGGGAGAGUACAACACCUGAAGAUGUAUCAGAAACUAUUUACAAUGAAUUGCUUGAAACUGAUGGUGACGUGUCCGAGGUUUCCAAAAAGCUUGUUUUUAAAUCUAAGGCACAGGGUUCAAAAGAUAAUAUAUCAGUGAUAACGGUAUUUCUUCAGGAUCCUAAGCAGUUAGUAGCCAAGAGAAGGGCUGUUAUAAUGGAAACAGCUAUGGAACAAAGAAAUGCAACUUCUACGCUCGCGUCAUACGGUCAAGACGCUACUGAUUUUGGUCCCGAGACGGAUGUUGACACACCCGACGAACCAAUUGGUUUAGCCAAACCUAAAGAUGAAGGAGAAGCUAACGUAGUUGACGAAAGUGGAGAAGAUUCUGAAGAAGACGGUGGAUGGAACUAUUAUAAAAAAUCAACUGAAGGCACAGAAAAAAAUCUGCAUCAAAAGGACAAAGCUGAAAAUAAUUUUGAUGUUGAGGACAUGGAUUAUAAACUGAAUCCAGAUGCACCUGAGUUUGUACCAGUAUCUUCACCAACAUCGUCCAUUACAAAUCAAGCACAGCGUUUCUUGAAAAUAGACAAUGAUGACUUUAUAUCAUCGUCACCUCAAAAGUUUAAAGAGUCCAUAGACAAUGUAACUGUACCUGAUGAGAAUGACUUUACCAAUGAAAUUAAAGUGCACGCAGGAGACUUAUCUAAGCUCAACAACCCACGUGAGCCAAAUGAUGAUUCUUCUAUAUUGAAUGGUGUAAAAUCUCUGAAUGAUGAUGUAACUGAUCAUGAUGAAACAGUUGAUAAUUUUGUGUUUCAAAAUGAACAUAUUACUAAUGGAAAUUUAGAUACAUAUCAAAAUCCAUUUGUUUCUGAUGAUAAGGAUGAAUUGAACAAAGUACAAGACUUAUCUGAGUAUAUUAAAGAUGAUUCUCAAGUAGACAGCAUAGAUCCUUGUUUAUCUAUAAUGGAAACGUCCAAAAAUAAUGAUAUUAAUUCUAUAAGCGGCGAUGAUGAAUUACCAAAUGUAUCAAAUAUUAAGUUAAAUGAUGAUUAUUCAAUGGAUGAACAUAUAAAGUAUGAAUUGGACAUGAAUUCAAAAAAUAUUGAUGACACAAUCAACUCAACUACUGCAACUGUUGGAUCAGCAUUACAAUUUGAUGAUGAAUCUUCUAAAAUCGUUGAUGAUUUCAAAAAUGAAUUUAUGGAUAAUUUCCAAAAUGAGAAAUUUGGUCAGUAUGAAGAUCGCAAAUUAAAUGAUAGUGUAAGUACAACAGAUGCUAUUUUAGGUUCUGAACCUCAUACACCAAUGCGUAUGGAUAAUCAAUCAACCUUUGAGUCUGAAAAUGAUGAUGAUCAGUUUUCAGAAUCAUUCAAGCAACAAUUAUUGCAAUAUGAUGAAAAUAACGAUAAGGAAAACCAUGAUCCUUUUUGUUUUGAACAAAUUGAUGAUCCUGCUGGAAUUAUACCUAAUGUUACCCAUGAAGUUAAUGAAACAAUUUCUGAAUCAAUCCGCAAUAGCAACAGUGUUAACCCUAAUAAUAGUUCUUCAGAUGAACAUCAGGUAUCCGAAUUAAAUAAACAUGAACCUGUAGAAGAACCGUUAUGUAUUAAAGAAAAAGCUAAGCCUAUUCGUUCAGUAUAUGAACAACAAUAUUUGCCAGAAUCUGAUUUCUCAGCAAGUAUUCAUGAAGCUUUAUUAAAUGCUUCUGAAAAUGAAUCUAAUUACCACGAAGACCGUAUCAAUACUGAAAAUAUUGAUCACGUUGAUCACAACAUUGUUGAAAUUCAUGAUGAAAAUAAACAAGCAUAUGUUGAAUCACAAAAUGUCGAUGAACAUUUGGAACAAGAUGAUUAUAACCAGGAUGUUAAAGAACCAAUCUAUACAGAAGAUGUAAAACAGAAUGUUAGUGAUGUAUAUGGUUCUCAAUUUCACGUAGAAAAUCUUAAACAAGAAUUUUAUGAUAAUAUGUGCAAUAUUAAACAAGAAAAUGUAAAUGUUGAGUCUGAACACAAUAUAAGUGAAAAUGUAGAGUCUGAGUUUUCUGAACAUAAUGAGAUAUAUGAUGAGCAAAAGUAUGUAGACAAUUUCAAACUAGAAAAUGAUGUAAGUGAUAAUAUUCUAAGUCAUAUUGAAGAUCAUCAAGAUUUUGAAAUUGUUGAACGAAAAAUUGAAGAUAUUAAACUAGAAAACAAUGAUAUUACCAACAGUGUGAAUGAUUAUGCUAGAGAUUCAAAAAAAAAAUAUAGUGAUAAUACAGAUAUUAUAAACCAUGAUGGAGAUUUUGUAACCAAAGAUUUUGAACAUGAGUAUCAAAACCAUAUUACUGAAGAUAAAAUUGUAGAAGAUUUGAAAUCAGAAGACCAAUUUGAUAUUGAGGCUGUUCAAAAGCAUGCAGAAAAAAAUGUUGAAACAGCAAUACAGAAUCAAGCAGAAAAUAUCGAAGUAACACAUAAAUCUGAAGUGUUAGAAAAUAUCAGCGAAGAUUUGAAACAAGAACAAAAUGUGAUUGCUGAACCAGAAAAUAAUCAUAUUGACAAUAUUAAGUAUGAUAAUACUGAAAUCCACCAAAUCCAUGUUGAAGAUUUUAAACAAGAAAGUGAUGCAAAUGAAAUCGUACAAAAUCUUAAUUUAGAUUUACAACCAGAGCACCACAGUGUUGAAUCAAUUCAAAAUCAUACAACAGAUAGUGAAGAAGAAAUGCAUUCAUCAAUGAUAAUUCAUUCUGAUGUAGAAAACAAUAUGCCUCAGCCAUACUGUUCAGCAUCUGAUACUUUACUUAAUGAAUCUGAUAUGAUGUGUACUAGCAUGACAUUUGAAGAAAAUUUCCAGAACAGAAACAUGAGUGAUUCACUGUAUGUUAUGGAAACAAGUUCAGAUUAUUUUGGUGAUGAACUUCAACAAACUUCACAAAUCAACAAAUCUAUAGAUGAGACCAAAGUUGAAGAGCAGUCAUCAUUAAAUACUAAUAACGAUAUUGAACCUGUAAAAAUUGAAAAAGAAAUUAUUACAGAAGCUAAAUCUGAAUUAGUUACUGAAACAAAAAUAGAUGACACAAAAGCAGUGAAAACUGAAUCAAUUCCCAUGGAAAUAGUUAAUACACAAGAUGAAAAUAAUAAGGUUGCUAAAAUUGCAGUUGCUGCAGCUGUUGGCACUGCUGCUAUAGCAGCUGUGGCUGGAUCUAGCUUAGCUUCCAAGAAAUCUAAACAAUUAGAACCAACUGUAUCUAAAGCCAAAACUGCCACAACUAAAACUAGUACUACUUCAACAAAAUCAUUAGCUUCAAAAACAUCAGCUCCUAUUCUUAAAAAGACUACUUCAUCUACGACAACAUCAAAACCAUUAUUAAGACCAUCCACUGCUCCAUCUACUUUUAAGCCAACUACUAAAGUUCGAACAACCACAGUAUCAAAAACUUCUACUACUUCUACUUUAAAAACAACAACUGUAACUAAACCUGCUCCAAAACCUGCCUCUAAGACUACAAUUCCUGCAUCCCGACCAAUAUCAACCAAAACAACAUCAACUACACCACGAACUUCUUUAACUAAAACAACACCAAUAUCAUCACCGAAAACUCCUACUACUCCAAAAACUCCUGUAGCUACAAAGUCAGCUUCAACUCCCAGAACAAGUACUACUCCGCGAACAUCUACAUUGGUUACUAAACAGCCAUUAACUAAUGGUUCGCCUAAACCUUUGAACCGUCCAAUUUCUGCACCAUUGAAGAAACCUUUAAGCAGUGUAACAACAAAUGGUACUACAAAACUAACCAAUGGUGUUGUAUCCAAGACAUCAACUACAACUAAACCACCUGUCUCCUUAGCAACAAGAAUGAGUUUGGCACCUCCCAAGUUGCCUCCUAAAGCAAAGGCUGUGCCUAAAACUGAAACUCUACCUGCGAUGCCAGGGCCAAUCAGAAGACCAAAAGUUGAAAAAAAGACUGAGACGGCCACUUCCUAGAUUUGAUAUAUCAUAUUGAAAAAAAAA